AUGUCAGCGAUUUCCGAUAGCGAUACAGAGACUGAAGUUGUCUCCAGAAAUUUGUGCGGAGUGGUGGAUAUUGGGUCCAAUGGUAUAAGAUUCAGUAUAUCUUCGAAAGCAGCUCACCACGCUAGAAUCAUGCCCUGCGUUUUCAAAGACAGAGUAGGAGUCUCAUUGUUCGAGGUGCAAUACGCAGCAAAUUCUUUGGAGAAGGCGCCUAUUCCCUCAGAGACUAUAAAAGACAUUUGUGCCGCUAUGAAGCGUUUCAAGCUCAUAUGUGAGGAUUUCGGUGUUCCGGAAUCAGGCGUCCGGGUUGUCGCUACGGAGGCUACAAGAGAGGCCCUUAAUUCUGACGCUUUUAUACAAGCAAUCUACGACUCAACGGGUUGGGAAGUGGAGUUACUUACCAAGGAAGAUGAAGGAAGGAUAGGAGCUUUCGGUGUUAUUUCAUCUUUCAAUAAUGUUAGCGGGCUUUAUAUGGAUAUGGGUGGAGGAAGCACUCAAAUCUCAUGGAUCAGUUGUAUAAAUGGCGAGAUCAAACAAUCGGAUACCCCCGUUUCACUUCCGUACGGUGCUGGUGCACUGUCACGUCGUUUGAAAGUGGAAGAGAAAAGAGCACUAUUUCUAGAAAUCAAAGAAGCGUACAGUAGUGCAAUAAAAAAGAUAAACAUACCACAGAACAUGAUAGAUGAAGCAAAAGAAAAAGGAGGGUUUGAUCUUUUUACCUGUGGCGGUGGACUGAGAGGGAUGGGGCAUCUGUUGCUAUCACAAUCAAAAGACUAUCCCAUCCAAACCAUCAUAAAUGGGUUCUCUUGUUCGUACGAAGAUUUCUCAGCAAUGUGUGAUUAUCUGUUUUUGAAGAGAAAAGUACCAGGGUCGAAAGAUUCUAAAAUUUUUAAGGUCUCUGACAGAAGAGCGUCUCAACUUCCAGCUGUGGGAUUGCUGAUGAGCGCUGCAUUCGACUCUCUACCACGGAUAAAAACGGUACAUUUUAGCGAGGGCGGGGUCAGAGAAGGCACUUUGUAUUCGAUUCUUCCAAGAGAAAUUCGCGCUCAAGAUCCCCUGAUCAUAGCAACGAGGCCCUACGCCCCCCUGCUCGCUGAAAAAUAUUUGCAGCUACUCAAAUCAGCUAUACCUGAAGACUUGAUUAACGACAUAACAUACAAGAGAAUCGCGCCGGCGCUGUGUAACCUUGCUUUCGUUCAUGCCUCGUACCCUAAAGAGUUGCAACCAACCGCAGCUUUGCAUGUGGCAACGUCCGGCAUCAUAGCUGGAUGUCAUGGUCUCUCUCACAGAGCCCGUGCUCUGAUCGGAAUAGCGCUGUGCAACAGGUGGGGUGGCGACAUACCUGACGUGGAAGAAAACUACAUGCGUUCUUUAGAAGAGAUUGUUUUGCGCGAUGGCAACAAGCUCGAAAGGAGGAGAAUUAUAUGGUGGACAAAAUACAUUGGUACAAUCAUGUACGUUAUUUGCGGCGUCCACCCCGGCGGAAAUAUCAGAGAUGGUGUUUUCAAUUUCGACGUCCUUGAGAGACGCGUGCCUACGGAUGAUAUGAAAAAUCUGACUAUCGAUGAGGCACUGGCUACACCCAAUGGUGACGGUUUAGCCAGCACGAACAACCGCAGCAGGCGGGAAUUUGAAGUUGUAGUCAGAAUCGGCAAAGAUGAUCUGAAAACAAGUGCCUCGGUACGUUCAAGAAUUAUUACUCUGCAGAAAAAGAUAAGGAAGCUAUCUCGUGGUAGCUCAGAAAAGGUCAAGGUAAGUGUUGAAUUUUGCGAUGAGCAUUAA